UUUGUUGUUUAGUUGAGUAUUUAUAACUUUAGAAGAAACUGCAAUUUUAAUAUUAUUAUAAAAUGGUAUCGCCGAUUUGUUAUAUAACUUUAGAAGAAACUGCAAUUUUAAUAUUAUUAUAAAAUGGUAUCGCCGAUUUGUUAAAAAAUCAAACUACGUUUGCACCAACACUGCCUAAAGCAUAGGUAUGCUGUUAAACUAUUGGAAACUUUUAAAAUUACAGUUAAAAACUUUAAAAAGUAACCUUGUUUAGAUUCCUUUAGACAUGGAGAAAACUAAAUUCAAAGUAGAAUCCGGAAUACAAUUAUUAACAAGAUUGUCCACCAAGAAAACUACAGUCGACAAUUUCUACCCUAACUUGUUUCAAUCGGGUCCGAAGCCAGGAGAAGUGAUUGAAAUAUUUAGUAACAGAAGCUGUUCAUUUCUGCUCAUUGAUAUGAUUAUCGAAGCUGUACUUCCUAUAAAAUUUGGUGGUGCCGAAAUAGGUGUUCUAAUAUUAAAUACAGAUGGUCACAUUAGCUUACAAGCAUUAACUGCAGCAUUACAGAAUAAACUUCACACACACAAUGUUGGCCUUCAUGAAGAUGACUGUGCAAAGGUGCUAAAUGAUAUGAUUGAUAAUAUUUUCAUAUUGGAUGUUUUUGAAGCCACUCAACUAUACACCACUUUCCAAAACCUAGAAAAUAUUUUAAGAAAACAUAAUAAUAUUUCACUGUGUGUGAUUGAUACACUGACAGCAUUCUACUGGUCAGAACAGAGCUUUAAAAUUACCAAGAUGGAUAUCUAUUUGAGAAAUCUUCUUCGUAUUGUUCAAAAAGCUGUGCAAGGCCAUGAAGUGACUAUAUUAUACACACGGCCAGAGUACUUUAACUCAAGCAAAGAUUUGCUUGAGAACACUGAGGCUUGUGCUGACAUCCCUACUACUGAAAAAGUGAAUCACAGGAUACAAGUGUUCCAAAAUGAGGAUGAAACCUUUACUGCAAAUGUUAGAACAUCUAGUGAUGUUACCAGAAAAAACUUUAAAAUAGAAUUUAAUAAAAUAAGUUGGUUGUAAGAAAAAGUCU